AUGAAGCCAGUUCAACUUCUCACGCUGGGCGCAGUGCUGUCACAAGGCGCCUUGGCGUGCGUUGAGCAUCUGCUGCAAGAGCGGACUCCAGACCCCAAAGACAUGGUCCGCAGACAAGAACCUGCUCCAAGAACUAAGACAGCUAUCAAGAACGUCCGAGUUUUUGAUGGUACCAAACUCACUGGUCUCCAAACCAUCAUCAUCGAUGGAGAGAAUAUCAGCAACGACACCAGCAACAUUGAGACCACAGUCGAUGGUAACGGCGGUGUUUUGAUUCCUGGCUUGAUCGACUGCCACGUCCACAUUUCCGAUGUUGCUGGCCUAGAGACUCUGACUUCAUAUGGCGUCACUACCGCUAUGGUCAUGUCUUGUCGAAACUACACACAAUGUGCACCGCUUCGCAACUUGGAAGGUGUAGCAUCGUUUGUCUCGGCCGGUAUUCCUGCCACCGGACCUGGCAGCCAGCACUCUCGAACUUUCAAUCUCUCUGCGCCGUAUCUCAUUUAUCCCGACGCGAAUGCCACUGAAGUUGUUUCUUACACUUUCGGCAACGGUUCCGACUUUUAUAAGAUCACGGCUGAGACCAAUGGCCCUAGCCAGAGUUUGCAAAACUCUCUAGUUGAGGCUGUCCACAACCUUGGCAAGCAGUCCAUGACACAUGCUGCUGACCUUAAUGCCUGGGCACAAGCCGCCAUCUCGGGCACGGACGGCAUCCAACAUAUCCCCACGAACGGACGUAUCAACGCCUCCAAUAUUCUGACGGUCCGCAGGUCUCCCAACACUUGGAGCACCCCGACUAUGAAUAUUGCUCGAUAUGCCUUUUCCAAUCCUGUAUUGUUGACAUUUACCGGUCACCAAAUCGGUGGGCCAGACAGCUACGAGAACGUGUACGAGAAUGUCAAGGCUAUUCACGCUGCCGGCAUCCCCAUCUUGGCAGGCACUGAUGCCGUCGGGGUUAUCAACGCCAACAUCUCCGUGCCAUUCGGACUGACGCUGCAUUUUGAACUGGAGAACCUUGUUGAAGCAGGACUAACCACAGUGGAGGCCCUUCGAGCAGCAACUGACCUCGCCGCCCAGCACCACAAGCUGACUGAUCGAGGAAGGAUUGCACCUGGCAUGAGGGCUGACCUGAUUCUGCUCAACAGCAACCCAUUGACCAACAUCUCCAACACAAGGGAUAUUGCCAAGGUA